AUGGCGGAAGAGGUCAAACAUAUCGAAGCUAUUGAUGCCGCUCUCUUGCGCACCUGCCGCACCGUUUACCACGAGACCGUUCACGUUCUCUAUGGUAUGAACCGCUUUCAUUUCCGCAAGCCGAGGGAUAUCGAGAAAUUCGCGCACGUUGGGCUGGGAAGGAGGCCAUUCGGAUGGUACCGUACCGUCAGCGAGCCCGCACCCUGCGGCAGACUCACGAUGAUUCGCUUCAUGACUUUGAGAAUGAGCUCUGAAUGCGUCGGGGAUGAUCGAAAGCAAUUAUGGUCCUCGUGGUGCGAUUUCUUCUAUCCAUCCAAGGAGCAAGAUCAACUGGUCGGGUUUCCUGCUCUGGAGUGGUUAGCUCUGGACCUCACGGACUGGGCGCUUACUGCUGGAGAUGCUGCAAAAGUUAGGGUUACGCCUUUCCUGAAAAAACUUCGUCCGACAGGCGGAUUGAGACAUUUAACGCUCAUUGGCGUGUAUCACGAGCAGAAUCUCCACGACUUCAAGCAUGGAUUUGUCAGGCAGGGGGGCACGUUCCGGCCUGCUUCAUGUUCCGUCAAAGCAGUCGCAACUACCACGGUCACACAUGACAAUCUUCCGGAAGUUUCGAUGUACGUUCGCAGUAUUGUGGAGGAAGACAGGGCCUCGCAAGCGAUCUUGCAAGGCUAUGGGAAUGCAGCACUGGCGGUAUGA